GCAUCGGAUUUUGGAAACCAUUGAUGCAGACCUCAAUCCAUCUCUAACACCACUGAUCUAUCUACUUGGUCUUCUCUAACAAUACUCGUAACUUUUUAUUUUGCUUCUUCCCUUACUACAUCGAUGGCCGCUGAGUCUUCUAACCCUCGCACCGUCGAAGAGAUCUUCAAGGAUUUUAGCGGUCGUCGCUCCGGUUUUCUUCGAGCUCUCUCCGUAGAUGUUGACAAGUUCUACUCUUUAUGCGAUCCGGAAAUGGAGAAUCUGUGUUUGUACGGACACCCGAAUGGGACAUGGGAAGUGAAUCUUCCAGCUGAGGAAGUGCCUCCGGAGCUACCUGAGCCAGCUCUUGGAAUCAAUUUCGCUAGAGAUGGUAUGCAGCGUAAAGAUUGGCUCUCUUUAGUUGCUGUCCACAGUGAUUGUUGGUUACUCUCUGUUUCUUCUUACUUCGGCGCUCGCCUUAAUCGCAAUGAGAGGAAACGCCUAUUUAGUCUGAUCAACGAUCUCCCAACUCUCUUUGAAGUAGUGACGGGUAGGAAGCCCAUCAAAGAUAAUAAACCAAGCAUGGAUCUCGGAAGCAAAUCCAGAAAUGGCGUUAAGAGAUCAAUUGAAGGGCAGACAAAGAGCACGCCGAAACUAAUGGAAGAGAGCUACGAAGAUGAAGACGAUGAGCAUGGAGACACCCUCUGUGGAAGUUGUGGAGGAAACUACACAAACGACGAGUUCUGGAUAUGUUGUGAUGUGUGUGAACGUUGGUACCAUGGGAAGUGUGUGAAGAUAACACCAGCCAAAGCAGAGAGCAUCAAGCAAUACAAAUGCCCUUCUUGCUGCACUAAGAAAGGAAGACAGUGAGUGAAUGAAUUCUCAAAAAAGAGCGUUUGAAUUAGUAGUGAGACAUGGAGAGAGUCAUAAAGACACCACCAGCUGGUUAGAGAGCUUCGUCAUCUUUUGAUCAAAUAUGCCAUGUGUUUGUAUAUGUAGCGACUCUACUUUCAUUAGUUUAUGUGUAAUAAUUAACUCUUCGGCUAUAUAAAAGAAUUCUUAUGUA